AUGCAUUCACGGCAAACCGAGCGCAACGUGGGGCCCGGCCCGGGCAGCGUCACCCGCGCCGUGCUGGCGCAGCGGCCGGCCUCGCUCACGCUCGUGGAGAAGGACACGCGCUUCCUGCCGGCGCUGCUGAUGCUGCGAGAGGCGGCCGCCCCCUGCCCGGUCAAUAUUGUCGCCGGUGACGUGCUGCGAUACGACAUGUCAGCGACGUUCCCCGUGGAGCCGACGCCGUGGGAGCAGCCCUGCACGUCGGCCUACAUCAUCGGCAACCUGCCGUUCAGCAUCAGCACCCCGCUAGUGGUGCGCUGGCUGCGCGACAUCUCCCGCCGCGAGGGCGCCUGGCGCACGGGCCGCGUGCGGAUGGCGCUCACCUUUCAGAAGGAGGUGGGCGAGCGGAUGGCGGCCGAGGCCGGCGACGAGCAGCGCUGCCGGCUGUCGGUGGUGGCGCAGGCCUUCUGCCACGUGCAGUACCGCUUCACCAUCGGCGGCCACGUGUUCACGCCGCGGCCGCGCGUGGACGCGGCCGCCGUGGUGCUGACGCCGCUGCGCCAGCCGCGCAUCCCGCUGCCCUUCCGCACCGUGGAGAAGGUGGCCCGCUGCCUCUUCCACAUGCGCCAGAAGACGAUCCUGCGCGGCGUGCAGAUCCUGUACCCGGAGCCGGCGCGCAGCCAGCUGGCGCUGGACACGCUGCGCCUGGCCGACCUGGACGCCACCUGCCGGCCGUACCAGCUGACGGUGGAGGAGGUGGGCCGCGUCUGCCAGGCGUACACGGACCUGUGCCGCCUGCACCCGCCGCUCGCCGAGUACGAGUACCGCCAGCACGGCAAGGAGGGCGGCGCCGAGCUCGCCUGCGAGGCGGCGCUGCUGUAGUCUUGUCAGCUGAGGGGUCUAGUAUCGGGCGUGACGCCGCUGUCGUUUCGGCAGACGGCGCUGUUGUAGUUUGGACGGAUGACGCUGGUGGGCGGCCAGUGCGCCCGUGUCGGCUCGGACAGUCGGCUGGGCUUUGUUGCCGCCAGGUAUAUUCGUUGGCUGUGUUGAGAGAGUCGAAUGCCUGGCUGGUGGUUGAUGCACCGACGUCACCUCUUCGGUAAGUUCGGCGAUGACCCUGUGGCUUGCGCAACUACGAAGCGUUAGGGGUUGCGGGGUCAUGGUGAAGUGAUGAAUCGAAAGUUUUUCGCCAUGCUGUACUCGUUGUGAUAGUACCAGUUUGAUCCUGUUAAUGGGAGAACACCAGCUGGCGGCGAGCGAACAAGCGCGGUUUUGAGCCAAAGUCACAGCUUUCAGCUGAGAAUGUGUUGUCCACGGUGCUUCAGGUUUUCGUCUGGACACGUUAAUGCUGCUCGCAGCAACUGAGGCUUUGCUGAGAAGGUGCGCGCCAUGAACUUGAGACGCGCGUGUCUUGUCAGCAGGUCUGGUCAGCCCCGAAAUAUUUGCUGUCUCAUUUACAGAGCAUUUUCGAGGCUUCUCCGGACUGCCUGCAGUGAACUCGAUGGAUGGAAUACAUGAGUAUACCAAGA